UCCCUUACCCCAAAUUCUUAACUAAAUCAAGUACACAGCUUCAGUCUUCAAAAUUCCCAAAAGUGGAUACACCUCAUUCACCGUUGACCCGACGUUGACCUCUCAAUGGAAGAAAUUUCCAUCCACAUGUAGUCUCCCCGAAACUCUGUAAACCGUUACACUCCUCAAUUCCCAAUUCACCUUACUUUCUUACUCCCAUCGCUCACUUCAAUUAACAAAUCCAUUACGCUAAUCCAAAGUAGAAUCCAAUUUCGACGGAAUACAGUUUCGGCUACAACUGCAUCCCCCUCUGAAAGAUUAGGGUUUUGAGCAUUCAAUUUUGGGGAAAAUGUUGGCGUCACAUAUGGAAUCAAAAGGGCAAAGAUGGCCGAAUGUUAGAUUGGGAGACAUAGGAGAUUUAUCUACUGCUUUUAAUUAUGGAAUCUCUGACAUGAUGAUGAACAAUUUAUGGGUUUAUGAUCUUAGCAUACUUGAAGAACCACAAACCGAUCAAAUUUCUGGGUUCCCUGAACAAGCAUCAUCUGAAUUCACAGUUUCUGAUCAUCCCAAUUUAUCUUCAAAGUUUGUGGUUAACAACGAUAUACAGCAAAACAUAGAGAAUGAUGAUCCCAACUUCAUAAAACCCAAGAACAUGGAAACAAUCGAAUCUAAACCAACCCAAAAGUGCAUAAAAGGCCCACGAAGCAAAAGAUGCAGAAGAACCGUUUUUGAAACUCCAUGGACUCCAUCAAUGGAUAAUCUUUAUGGAUCAAAUGAUAAUCAAGGGUCUGGUAUUAGCAAAAGAGCUUUGAGACAGGAUGUUAAUGAACCCACUUUCAAGAUCCAAAAGGGUGUCAGUAUUACUGAUAAUCUUGAAAGCAAUGAUCUUGUUUCAGAAUCGAGUGGCAAAUGUGUAAAUAGUGUUGGAAGAUGGUUAGAGGAUGUGGGAUUUGGAAGAUAUGCAGGUAUGUUUGAAAUGCAUGAGGUUGAUGAAGAAGCGUUACCUUUGCUUACUCUUGAUGAUUUGAAAGAGAUGGGUGUUCUUGCUGUUGGGCCAAGAAGGAAGCUUUAUGCUGCUAUAGCUCGGUUGAGGGGCGAAUGUGACAAUUAACUUGUUGUGAAAGUAAGAUCUAGACUUGUUAAUGUAAGUAGUAUGAAUGUUCAACAUGUUUUUUGAAUACCCUUUUUUUCAUAUGCUGAAAGUUGUGUUUUUAGAUGUAUGAGAUAGGUUGAGAUGAUCUUUUGUGUGGGGUUUUGUUCAACCUAGUAAAUUUUGUGUCCAAAGUUUGGGUAA